UGAUAUUAAUUACAGCGACUUAUUUCGAUAUUCACGAUACUCGAACGCAAUUAAAUUUGCAUCACAAACGUCUCGAUGCGACCGUUAUAUGGCGCGUAAAUCUCCAAUUUUCAAUUCCGUUAAAACUGGUCCGAUUCCGAGAUUCCAAUAUCACAGAACUAUAUUCAAUUCGUAUUAGUAUAUACAAAUUCGGAAUCUCCGAAUCGGACUACGGUGUUCUAGCGGAAUCGGAAAUUAAGUAUCGCGUAUAAUCAUUUGUAGCGUCGGGAUAUUUGAUAUAAUCGCGAUCGAAUAACGCGAAUAUCGAAAGAACAAUUAAUUGACCACUUGUUAUGCCAUUUCUUUCGCGGGAAGAUUUUUGAGUGAGCGGCAAAUAUGUCGAAUUCGGUGCCGGACAGGUGGUUAGAGUACAAACCUUUUGGUAAUGUGAUCGAGGGCACCAAUCUUUUAGCAUUCAAAGUUCCGUUGAAAGACGCUAUAGCGAAGAAUCUACAGCCGCAGGAACGAUUUACGACGACAAUAUUGCUGGAAUCGUUUCCCCGUCUCAAGUAUAUCAUCGAUCUGACAAACACGUGUCGCUACUAUGAUAAAAAGGAAUUUACAAAUGCUGGUGUUAAAUACGAGAAGAUUGCUAUACCAGGAAGAAAAGUGCCGCCUAUGGAUUUAAUUAAAGAAUUCUUUAAAGUGAUGGACGAUUUCAUGGCAACAUGCGGUGAAGGUGAACUUAUAGGAGUCCAUUGCACACACGGUGUGAAUCGUACCGGUUAUCUAAUUUGUAGAUAUCUCAUUCAACAGCUAGGCUGGGUAAUUCAAGAUUCUUUAAAAGCUUUUGGGGACGCACGCGGAUAUCCCAUCGAACGCGACAUUUAUCUCACCGCAUUGAAAGAGCUUCAAUGCGGUAAAAGGAUCGAUACGAGCAAAGUCGUUUUGAGGUCGAAGAGUCCUACCGCAGUUCCAACCAAGAGGAAUUCACGCUUGUCAUUUAAAAACCUGGCAGGUCGAUCGAUGGGACCGUCGGGAUACGCGAUGUCUCGUCGAAGUUUCGCGAACGGCGGUCCGUUUUCACCUCAGAGAUUCGCGGGCCCCCCGCCGGGAUUUGGACCGAUGCCUCCUCCGCUUGGUAUGCCCCCUAUUCCGCCACCCAUGGGCCCACCGCUUUACGGGCCUAGGCCGUUCAGGUACGGACCGCCGCCGAUGCGUCCGGCGAUGCCGCCGACCCCGCCCGGACCGGGUUUCCCGCAUCCUGGUUUUCCGCCGCGUAUGCCAGGUCUGCCGAGAAUGGCGGGUCCACCGCGAUUGCCGGUCGGUCCAGCUGCACGAUUACCGCCGCCGAAGAUGCCGCCGCCAAAGAUGCCGCCGCCGCCACCGCCACCUCUGCCUUCCAGAACGGCUAAGCAGCUCCAUGGGCAGAAAAAAAAGCACCAAAUUAGAAACGGUAUCAUGGAGCGCGCAAUAAAUAUUCGCUUAAGGCGAAAUGGACCGGCCAGCAGAAUCAUGCCUAAAGUACAUAAAGAGCAGGACUUCACCGUGGAUACGUUUGAGGAAAAUUUACUUACGACUUCGAUUACCACGCAAUCACGACGGCAAACGAAGGGACGAUUUAAUCAAACCAAGUGACCAUGUAUUCGUUAGGAAUACGAUGAUACUUAAACGUACGAUUUUCCGUGUAACAUUAAUGCUCAGAUUGACAAAUCUGCAAAGAACUUUGUGACGAGCGGCAAAGAUGCUGCUUUUUGUGACAAGUAUGAUAUGGUCGUCGUAUGAUUCAAUUUGCGCGACGAAUUGAUUAUUGUUUAAUUUGGACAAAGUUCGAACAGAUCCGAAUUGUGUGUGAACUGUAACGUGCUACAUCUACUCGAUAUCACUAACACGUAUACUUCUUGCUAAGAUUUUUUAUUUUACUUUGUAUUUUAUAUGAGUCAUUGAUGAGUGAACACACUUUGUCGGAAAUCUUAUGACUAGUAGUACUACUUUAUUUUAUGAUUUACGUACAUAUAUACACAUAUAUACUUAUGACGCGCGCGCGCGCGUUCAUGUAUAUGGAUGCAUAUAUGUAUAUGUAUGUUGUGUGCAAACUUUUUGUAAAAUCAACGUUCCCAAAAAAAGUAUGUUCGUAGAUCAGUGUUUUAUAAAAAGCUGUUCUAUAAAGAUAAUAAAUAUUAGUAUGUGCAUAUGUGCAUGCAUAUACUAUUUAUAAACGAUGUUAUUAAUCCUUUAACAUAUGAAUUUACACGCAUAUCGAGACACAUUUAAUAAAAAAAGCAACAUGCGCGUAAAUUUUAUAUGUUAAGUUAUUAAUAACCGUGUUUACAUUUAAUUUUUAUUUUAUUAGCUGAUUAAAUUACAUACUUUCAAUUAUUUUAAAAUUGAUUAGGAUUAUUUGUUAGAGAGAGACAUUCAGCAUCAUGAGAUUGCAACAGAAGUUCGCUGGGAAUAUUUGUUAUCUUGUUUAUAUGCAAUCUUUAUUCUCAAUGGGAAAGUGAAAUAUUACGUAUAGAAAGAAUUUAUGUUUCACUGCUUACGACUCACUUUAAAGUUACUAUACUAUAAAUGGUAUAAUAUAUCUAUAAAUUAAGUAUCAUUUUAUGUCUUUAAUUUUUUAUGAGAUCCGACAUUAUUAAGAAUAUUCAGUUUAAAUAUUUGAUAUUUUUGGUUUAUUUUAUGCAAAUUGCAAAUCCGCACACAUCAUUAUUUAAGUCAAUUAGUGAAUUGUCAAAAAAUCAAAAGAUAUGGAAACAGAAUGGACACAGUAGAACAGACAGUAACUCUAUGUACAAUUUUAAAUAAAAUGUGUGCAUUUAGAUAUAAGAGAUAUGCACUAUAAU